UGACCACUCAUUCGGAAAUAUUUCGCGCGGAAACGAUGUAUGGUUUUCAGGUCAAGCUGCCUCAAAUAAAGUCUCCUAGCAGUCCAAUCUAUUGUAGAAGCCAUUUCCGACGCAAAGGCUUUCGUUUCACUGUGCUAUGUAAAAAGAAGCGCUGCAGACGUUGUGGAGAAAAUUUUUCUCCGGAAGUUAAUCACGACAAAGCUUGUAGGUUUCACGGAGGUAUUUUGGGUGACAGAGCAUAUUUUAACUGGACUGCUGACUGGUUGUUCGGAGACGGUUGUCCUGCUGACCGUCUUGUAUUAAUUCAGCGUUGGACUUGCUGUGGUGCUACCACAAAGAACGCACGAGGCUGUAAGAAUGACUUCCACGUGAGUCACGAUACUGACCUCGAGGGAGACUGCAACACUGUAUUCUUGCAUGACUGGUGAGCAACUGUUGCCGACUGCAAGGUAGUAUUCUCACCAAAAUAAAAUGACAGCCAGUUAGUGGUUGAAUGUAUUUGAUAAUAAUAAUGUUGUAGACGAAUAUGAAUGAUAGUUUUCAUUGGCGAUAAUGAUUUAUAAAGUCGGCUGCUUGGGUUUUAGAU